AUGCUUUUGCCGAGCGUACCAGCGGGAACGAACCCGUUCACCGUCUACAAGUCCGCGCUCCAAGCCCGCAUGCAUGCGACGCCCUCGGACGGGUUCGUCGCGCGUCUUGCGGUUUUGUUCGGGUGGUGCACUCUACUCAUCGUUCUCUCAGCGGCGUACUGGCUCGCGCUGAACUACGAGUCGUGGGCCAACGGUCAGGCCAGCCCGAUCUGGCUCUUCCGCAGGAUCCGCCGCCGCCGCGGUAGCUAUAUCAUCACGAACGGCAAGCUCGUCUUGGUCUCCCUUUCCAUCGUCUCAAGCGCAAUCCUGCUCGCCUAUCUCGUCGGAAUUUACAAGCUAUACGUCCUGCACGGUCCGGAACGCCGCAUCUCAACGCUUUGGGCGAGUCUGCCGUUCUUCACGCAGAGCUGGCUCAUCACCUGGUCCGCCCUCCAAGCCUCCCUCUUGGCCGGUGACGCCGCGACGACCAAACCCGUCUUCUCCGCUCGCACCGCCAACGUUCUCUUCGUCGGUCUCGGCAGCUUUGGCGGCGCAGCAGUACUCGCUUGCGUCAUACUGGCGGAAAUUAUCGAGCGUGAAGUCCUGCGCGAGGUCGGAAACGUUGUCGCCAAAUUGACGACCUUCGAGACGGCUUGGACGCCCGGAAGCGACGUCAUCGGUCCUUUGCUCGCCCUCAAGCCGGCCUUCGAUGAACUCGCUCAAGACGCUGAGCGGGCACACCGCAUCGAACUCGGCAUCUACGCCGUCUUCAUCACGGUCCCCGUCGUCAUCAUCACCGUCAACAUCGCUGCGCUCCGCCUCGCGAAGGUUAUCGGCGCCCAGGUCAAGUACAACUUGCAGCUCAUCCGACCCAGCACGGCCUUUUCGAACCGCAAUCCGCAGACGAAUCGCAUCUCGGGCUUCAUCCGCGACCUCCGCUUCGCGCCCGUCAAGCGUAGCGACCUCGUCGAGAUGGGCGAACAAGCACGCGGUACGGGCGAAUGGGAACGUCUUCGCAACAUCUUGAUGCUCAGCAAGGCGCAGAAGGAGCUCGUCAUCACUUCCUGGAUCCUGAUCGUCAUGCUCAGCAGUACUCUCGCCUUCAUCAUCUACGCUCUCUACCUUCUCGUGAACCGCCAGCUUGUGCCUUCGAAUUGGGCGGCCACCGAGACCGUCUUGCUCUUCAUUCCCUGGGUCUACAGCGUCCCGAUGAACCUCAUCCUCAUCGCCCUUCUGUACCUCCUCUGGGACAGCCGCUCGCUCCGCCCUCGUCUCGCCAAACGCAACUCGGCUCGCCACUCUCCGCCCAACGACGGCGUUCACGUCACGAUCGACAGGAGCGUCCACGUCGAGAGCGACUCGUCGGUGCACAUCAACCUUCAGGACGCGGACAAGGCUGCGCAAGUCGUCGAGAAGAAGGGCGUCGCCUACCCGGCUUCUGGCCACCUCUCUCCUCGCUCGCCCGUCUUCGUCUACGACACGGGCCUCUGA